GCAUAAACAACACUGCAUACCGGACUGAGGCAGCAUAGAAACUGUAUACACUAUAUGUCAAGUGACAUCGUGUAAGACAUCCCACUGUAAUAUGUCAAAAGGAUACGAUACAGGUAACCUUCUCUGGGACCUUGCCAUAACACAAGCUAAUGAUAAAACAAAUGAAAACACUGUCAGUGAUGACUCUGCUGUAUUUGUGAUUGGAGGGAAAGGAGCGGGGAAAACAUCCAUUAUUCUACGUUUUCUAGACAGAGAUGAGGCAUCCAAACCUACAGUGGCCUUAGAAUAUACAUUUGGCCGCAAAGCCAAGGGACAUAAUAUAGCUAAAGAUGUUGGUCACAUAUGGGAGUUGGGUGGAGGGACAUGGCUGACCAAACUAAUGGAUGUACCUCUCAAUCCUGACACUAUCACACACACUGCCUUGGCUAUAGUGGUUGACCUGUCUAAACCCAGUGAGAUCUGGUACACGAUGGAGUCCUUACUAGCGGCUGCCAAGUCUAGGAUAGAGACCAUCAUAGCAGAGAUGAAACCAGACUACCCAAAUAUCAGAGAACAGUUGAAGAAAGAAGCCUGGAAACGAGUGGGGGAGGAUCACAUGGACAGUACGAUGAUGGACCCGUUUUUAAUACCACUGAUAAUAAUAGGUGGUAAAUAUGAUAUUUUCCAGGAUUUUGACUCGGAAAAGCGAAAAGUGAUCUGUAAGACCCUGAGAUUUGUAGCACAUGUCCAUGGAGCAUCAUUACAGUUUUUCAGCAUCAAGCAGGAACAACAGGUGAACAAGAUGAGAGCCCUGAUCAGUCACCACCUGUUUGAAACGUCAUUAAGUAAGACGUUACAGACGGAACACAACAAACCUAUACAGGUGGCUGCGGGACAUGACUCCCUACAACAGAUAGGUACACCGCCGUUGUCUGAUAAAGAUGUCGGUAGAAUCAAUGCAAAGAACCCCAUGCAGCUCUGGAAGCAUGCUUAUACAGCCAAGUUCCCACAGGAGUCGUCGGAGGAUGUGACCAAUCCAGCGAUGGUUGAAGACCCGGCUAAAGAUCCCCAGUACAAGGAGGCUGCUAUUGACUCCCUAAGGUCUCAGAAGGACGAGGAGUUGGAACGGUACAGACGGAUGUCGGAGAGAAAAGCGAAGAGCGAAAAGAAAUAUGGAGGAACCUUUGCAUCAUAGAUUAAUUAGGUUUGGGGAGAAUGACCCGUGUGGAAGUACUGGACAUCGACAGGUCCCUGGUCGCAUGUGAUUUAAAUAACAGACAGUUCAACUUCUGCUGGAUCUUUUUAUUACGAACUGGUCAACUUGACUUGCUGAAUAGAAACGAUUCGGUGCAGGGAAGUCGGCAAAAUUUUAGUACAAAUGUUAUGUAAUUAAAUUUGUCUUCGAACGAAAUUACCUGUCACACAUUGAGGCAUAAGCUGGUCAGAUACAUUUCAAACUUUGUGAAACUACGUUUUACAUCAGUGAGAAAGUUACAUUGUAUAUCAAAUUAUCAAUGAAUACACAGAAUUUGGCUAGUAAGAUAAUAUCCUUCUGAUCAGCUCACUCGUGUCAGGAUGAUAUCAUCCAUAAAAGGCAUGCCAGCUACAGGUUUGCUUCGUCAGGUCCCGUCAGGUCUGUUACGGACCUAACAGCUGAUUAGGUGACUAUACAUAAACAUGGACGACUAUAGGAGACCUACAUACACCACUUUGUGUACCAGUGUGAUACAUAUUUAUAUUUAUACAUACUUAUCCUGAUAUUGAGGUUGAGGAUGUGAAUACAUUGCUCUGUAUUUUUGAGACCACUGUUUUCACAAUGGGUAAAGGAACAGCGAAGGAAUUCAAAAUCACCAAGGUCAAAGUUUGCCUUGGUAAAAUGCAAAGUAAAUGCAAAAUUACUCUUCAUUUCGCAGUAGUGAUAAUGCAGAAAAACGACUUUACGAUGUUUGAACAAACAUGUUGUAUGUUAUGCAUUAUGUGAGUAAAAUAAGAAAAUAUUAUAUACAUGUAUAUUUAUUGUAUACCCAUAUGAUAAAUCAAGGGUAGGUUUUUAUAUGAAAUACAAGAAUGCAAAAACAACAAAAUCAACCACAUGAUGUUAAAUGAUAUGAUGGGGAAAUCAUCAUUGUUCUUUUUGAUAAAACUAAAUAAUGAAAACAAAAAAUAAUAAAUUCAUCAAGAGUAAGAUCAUUUAUCAACUAGAAACUGGUUCAAACUCUUUCUGAUUUAAGCUGACCACAAAAUGCUGAUAUCUUGAUAAACAGUGUUAUUCAGUACAAAUGUACAAUGUAUAAGGAACAAUGAGGAUGACUGAAAACAGCUGAUUUUGUCUGGUACAUGUUUGUGGUAUCGUAGGCAAUAAUAAUUUUUGUGCUACUAUGUGUUCUAAAUUCUCAAUCAUCAGGGUUAUAAUGAAAUGUGACGUGUAACCUCUACAAACUGAUUCUAUAUACUUUGGAUAAGGUUAAUACAGUGAAACCUGUCUAAUGUGACACCUUGGGGACAAUGCAUUGGCAUUGGUCAGAUUAUACAAGAUGUCAGAAUACACAGGUGUUAUUUUGUAUGUGAACCCUGUCUUAUUUGACACCUUGAGGAACACAACAUAUUGGUUAGAUUCAUGAUAUCAGAAUAUACAACUCAUAUUUGGUUAUUUUUUUAAGAAAAAGACAGUAUGUCAGAAUACUCCACAGUCAUAUUAGACAGGUUUUUCUCUAAUUGUAUGAGUGAGAAGAAUGAAAGUUUGUGAUAAAUGGUAGCAAAUUCAUGUAUAUUUUUAUUUAAACAUUCCGUCCAUUUAAAAUACAAACAUGGAUU